CUAAGGCAGCUAAUAUCAACUUGUACUUCGGAUCAUUUGGAAUAUCCUUUUUUGUGUAAAAUGUGAUAAUUAAAUUAUUAUAAGUAACAUAGUCUCGUAUUUUACGACCUAUGGCGGAUAGAUUAGAUAGAUAAUUGGAUAGAUUCAAUAAUAUUUAUGAAUUAAAUACUUGGAUUAUAUUUGUUUUCAGUAUUGAUUAAGCUUUUGACAAUUCUCAGAACUUGUAUAAUCCGGAACUAUUCCGGAGAUGUAGUCUCGGCGUUUUAAAUUGUAAUGCUUUCUUAGAAUGUUUUGAAAUAACUUCUAAAAAUUAUAUUCUACAUCUGGUACAUUACCUAUGGUUAACUGUGUACAAUACCUGUGGUACAAGAUUUUUUGGUGAUUUUGCUUGGAACGAAGUCUGCGACCCGCUACUGUGACGUCACUCCAUUUGCGGGGGGUCAGGUCGAAGCGAACCAGCUCUCGGCGGCCGCACGAGUUCCAACGGAGAAACGAGGCUCGCGUCUGAUUGGCUGGCGACGGGAAGUUCCCCCUAUUGGCAAAGCCCCACCACUAUUUGUGGAUUAAAAAAGGAGGUCGUGUCUUCACCACAUGACCAGAUCAUAACAAACCGGAGUAAAAAUAAGAAGCGUGACUAGCUGGAGGAGCAGACGACAUUUCAGUGGAAAUAUUUUUUACAAAUCUGUUAUUGUGUUGUGUGCAAUGAAUUCUCUGAGAAUGGACUUACCUGCAAAAGACGAACGUGUUUUUCAAGCGGAUUAUAUCCAAAAGAAAAGACACAGACGAGGCAAAGUGGAAUACUUGGUAAAAUGGAAAGGAUAUUCUGUCAAACAGAGCACGUGGGAACCAGCGGAUAAUAUUUUGGAUCCAUUCCUAAUUGCAGAGUUCGAUUCCAAAAGAGAAGAAUGGCGGAAGAAACAGAGGAUGUUAAGGAAGAAACGCAAACUGCGAUUGGCCAGCUCUGAACAACUUAGUGACACAGCAGAGAGUGAACAGGAUGAGCUAGUGAUGACUCCCAGCAGUAAAAAGCGUGGACAAUCUCAAGAAAACCUCUGGCCCUAUCUCCCUUCAGAUCGCUUGCCACUGUUGUGGGGCAGUCCUCCACGUCCAAUCAAAGAGCGUAAAGUCAAGCCUAAGAAACGAGAAGGCAGAACUCGAGGCAACAAGGAAUCCAGAGAUCAAAAAGAGAAAUCCAAAUCUGACGAAGUGGCCAGGAAAAAGUCCAGGAAAGAGUUGGCCGUGAUCAAAGAAGAGAAUGAGAAAAGCAGACACGAGGAGGAGGAUGAAGAUGAAGAAGAAGACGACGAUGAUGACAAAUGGUCGACAUCCGAUUGCUGGGAGGUCAAAUAUUCACCAGCCUUGACCUCUUCUCCUGGAGAGCACAAUGUGUUGAGGGUUCACCGCGUGAGGUCAGAUGUAGACUACAAUGAAAGAGAGCUCAGCCCAGCUCAUGACACAUCCAACAACAAAGACAAUUCCUUAAACAACAAUAGCAUCUAUAAAUUAUCAGAGAAUCUUAACCACAGUCAGGCCUGCGACCAACCAGGUGAAUCUCAAGACUCAGCCAGCCACUGUCGUCUUACUAACACAAAGGAGACACAAAGAGCCCCACCAUUCAGAAGAUAUUCAAACGACGACGAUGAAGAUGAUUGGAACUUCAGCACAAAAUUUCACAACCAAGUGAACAAAGAGAGGGAGCGCAUGGAAGCUCAAAUUCUCAAGGAGGAUCUUGAGCAUCAACAGCAGGAGGAGAAAGAUUCUCGCUCAUGCCCUGGAGGCAGCAGCAGCAACAUCCGGGACCAUCCUCGUAGUGCUAGCUACAGCAGCCCAGACCAGUACCACCACAAGAAACUGCACCACGCCAAACGUAGGAACACGCUUGACAGUUCUCAUAGCAUUACUGUCACUGACGUCGAUUGCAAUCAUGUCAAAAUCACCUUCGUUGAAAGUCCAUCUGGUCACGGUUUCUUCAAAGAAAUGCAGAACGCAAGGACUGGUUGAUUUCUAUCCUAUCUUUCUGGCUUUUUGGUGUAGCCCAUUAAGGAUUUAGAAAGUAGAUAGCACAGUCGGAAAGAGAGAAGCACAGUCACUAAUGAUUGUCACUUCAAAAUCACACACAUUGAAAAUAAAAAAAGAAAAAAAAAAUUACUACAAAUCAGGCAGUUGUCAGAUAUUGACACUAUUGAUUCAAUGUAAUUUGUCAAGUUAUGAAUUCUAUACUGGCAAGAUCAUCAAUGCUUUGUGAUAAUUGACUUCUUUCCUCUUUGUAUGCAUCCUUGAUGUCAAAGUGACACUUGCACAUGCCUCAACUCUUUGGUCAGACCACAGCCUUGCUUAUGCAAGGUUACCAAUGUCACUGGCUGCCAUAGAAAUGUUCCUUUUCAUGCACUAUUUCCUUUAUGUUGGGAUAUCAUCUUCUUCUUCUUGGGUGUUGUAUUCUUGUGUAUUCAUAUUUCACAUUGGAUUAUUUGAAUUCAACUUUAUGAUUGAAUACUUUGCAAUGCAUACUGGCUGUUUGCAUAAGAUCUCACGUACUCUCAAGGGAAUAUCAAAUGUCUUCAAUUAGAAUACACUGACAAGUAACAAAGGUCAAAGUUCAGCAACACUUUGUCAAUUAACUAAAACAAAAGAAAAGUGUGACAAUCUAUUGGAUUUAUCUUCCUGACUCUGAAAGUGUUGACUUCUAGAUGCUAUAGAAACAUUGUUUUUUAUUAUUUCAGUAGCAGUUUUUAUCUUUCUGACAUAAAUGGUCUUUUGCUUUUUAGUAGAUCAUUCCUAUUAAAAUUUAUUAUUGUCAUGAUAUAGUUCCACAGAAUGAUGUAUCAAUUUAAAUUUUUACUUAUUCUAAUAAAUCAAUACUAAUAAACUUUCCAUAGGUUAUAGAAGAGACCACAAAAUAUCAAAUUCUUCAAAAUCACUAAUUUUGUUUUUCUAUCAUCUUUUUCUUCAUCUCUUUCAUUGGACUUCUCUAAAUAAUAACCAACAAAACAAAAACAAACAAAAAUAUUUUGUUCCAUUGAAUAACUGCUAUUACUGUCUAAAGCCAUUGUACUCAAAUUAGUUGAUAUUUUAUGAAUCAUUUGUUAUCUCGUUUACAAAAGGUUUCUUAAUAACUGAUUUUUUUGUUAUGUGUUUGUUCUGCCAUCUUGUGGGGCAAGAGUUAAUGUUUCACACUGAAGAAAUGCAUGAUACAUACAAAAGUCAAAUCAGAUUUAUGAAGUUUUUGUUAACUGAACCGAAAUUAAAACUCAAAAGUAUUUCUUUUGUUUACAUUCUGUUAUGUAUAGUUUGAAAACUUACAAGUAUAAACUUUAGGUCAACUAAUAGUUUCAAAUACCUAUAGAAAAGAACAUAUCUGAUCUGAACAAACUAGAACUUUUCUAACAUCCUAAACCUUGGCCCACGCAUUGUGUCAAGUGAAGUUUGCAAGUCAGUAAACCUUAGUUAUAAGAAAUACAGAAAUACAAUUUUCUAAAACAGUUCAAUUUUAUAAAUUUAAAAAAUUAUUUUCAUCUAAAUGUAAUGAAAAAUUUAUUUAUGACCAAAGAAUACAAGUCUUCUGAAUACAAUGCUCUUUUGUUGGAAAAUAAAAAAAAAACUAAAAUUCUAUUUCAAUGUAUUAAAUCAAUAUUUUUUCAUUUAUCUAGCAUGAUGUUUUUUUGUUAGUUGCUUUUCAUUGAAUGCUGCCAGAUGAGGACUGCAAUCAAUUUAUAAUGUUUAAACAUAACAAACGGAUUUAAUUUCAAGACAAAAUAAAUUUUAAAAUAGUAAAAAUUGAAAAAGAAAUUUAAAACUUCUAGAAAACUUUGAAAUUGUCAAAUGUCUUAAUGUUCAUGAAGAGGUGGUAGCUCCAUUUCUUCUCCUGAUUUUAUUGUUACAUUUGUGCAAAUCUGAAUACAUGGUCUUUCAAAAGUUACCACAAAACUUAAGUGCUGUAAAAUAAUAAAAAAAAGUUUACUCUAUUGUUCAUGUUGAAAAAAUGUUUGUAAAAAAAAAAAUUGUUGAAAAAAUGCUACUAUUGUACAUUGUCAUAUACUAUUAUACAGUGGAAGUCAACACAAAAUACAGUGGCUUAAGGACCUUACAUUGGCAGUUGGUGCGUUUACUUUUUAGCAUUGUUUUGUUGUUGAUCAGAUUUUAUUUUUGUUUUGUUCCAGUUUUCUUCAUAUUUAGUAGGAUUGUUCCUCUUCCAUGUUUUGUACAAACUGUUGGUUGCCUCUUUCAUCGAUAUUGCUUUCAUGAGCUACACAACACUCCCUAAAAAGUUUUAAAUUUAUAUGCAUCCAAAUUCAGAAAUUAAACUAUGGUAUGUUACACUUGUAAUGUAAUGAAACAAUAUUUUUUUUAUUUUAGAUCAUGUUGGUUAUUAUUUAUCAUCUCUAUAAUUUCAUCAUGAAGUGAAUUAUGUCAAAUUCUGUUUUGAGAUUUGAUUUAAAACACAGUGUUAUUUGACAAAACUCUAUUGCAAUAUACAGUGGAAAUCAUUACACAAUGUUAUUUGACCAGACAAUCGAUUACUCUCUUACAGUGGUCUUUGUCAUACUAUAUAAACCUUUUUUUUUAUUUGUGUCAUACUGUGCACUGAGUGUGCACAUUCUCACAGGUUAAACAAAUAUAAAAUAUGAAAAAGUUAUUAGCUUUAGAAUUGUAUGUCACAGCUCUAUUUUUUUUUUUUGUUUUAAAAAAAUGUUUAAAAAAAAAAAGAGAAAAAAAAAAUAUUGUGUACAGUUUCCCAGUUUUGCCUAUCUGUUUGAUGAUUUAACAUAAAUGUCAGCUUGUCUCCCCUAGAAAGCUUUAUAAUUAGCAGCGAUAGACUAGGACUAGUAGACCCACCAAGAGGAGACAGUGUCUGUUUAAUAGAAAUUAAGGAGCAAUAUUUUUUGUUGCAUGUACAUUUCCAUAGAGAAAUGAAAGGCACAUUUUUCUUUUGGAAGAGGGAGAUAAUCAAUUUCUUUGGAGCAAGUUUUAGAUGUUGAAAACAAAAUACGUCUGCUGACGUGUGGAAAGCAUUUUGUCUUGUGGACUUUGCAGACUUAACUGAAUGUAGUACACUUUCAUAGAAUUUCAUUUUCACUAAUUAACAUUUCUUUGACUAUCUCCACAUUGACCAACCAGCUUGAUCUCUUACAACGCUAUGACCUUGACCUUCAGUGCAAAAAAAAACAUUUCCUCGUCUGCAAUGACCAAAACCUCGACAGUUUUGUUUUUUGUUUUGGUCCAAGAAGAAAAUGUUUGAAGGCUUUGGUUGUGUACAUAUUGUAAAGCUGUCAUUGUGCCCAGUCCAACAGCUUCUGUGUAUCCCGCUGUCUAGUUAGUGACAGUGUCACGUCCAAUCCAUUGUCCAGACUCAGAAGACAAUUGUCUCAAUGAAGACUCUUGAGAAACAAAUGUCAAAGUAUAAAUUAAGAAAUGAAAUCAAGCCUCCAUGCACUAUUUGUGUUCAGAUUGUCUCUGAGUGACCUAGACACUGGUAUUUUGUAAGUUGCAUUCUGUUUCAGCUGCAUUCUCCUUCUAGCAUUUUCGCUAAUUUACUUAGGCUUUUAGAUUACAUUUUUUUAUCCCAUCUAAAACUUUAAUUUUCUAUGUGCAUUCUAACGUUUCGAGGCAAGAAACUAAUCAACAAAAAAUUGCCCCUGAAACGGUCUUGCCAAACGUUCUGUGCACGUCUGCUGAUGCCAAGGAAGUAUCAGACGACACACACUGUUUGGCGCCAUACAUGUCAAAAUACCUAUAUUUUGUGAUUGUGACAAAAUUACAUUAAAAUUGACAACAACAACAACAAAAAA